AUCUUGUUUACCCUCCGGCACUGAACCAUAGUACAGUACAUUCUUCACCCAGUCCACUAGAAAUCCCCAGACUGCGUGUAAAAGUGACACCAUGACGCAAAGCAAGCACUUUCACGUCCAAGGCCAGACCGUCGUCAUCGCCGGUGGAUCAAAGGGUCUAGGCCGCGAACUCGCCAUCCAACUCACCACCCAAGGCGCCCAUGUCACCAUCCUAGCCCGAAGCCCCGGCCCACUCGAGGAGACCCGUAAAGAGCUGCUCUCCCACACGCAGUCGCCGGAUCAGGUCAUCAGCGCCGCCGCCGUCGAUCUGACAGAUCCGAAACAGGUCCAAGAAUUCAUCGCCUCCCAGCCCACCCCACCAUCCAUCCUCUUCAUCGUCGCCGGCGGCACCGCCGCCCAAGUCGGCUUCUUCGCCAACAUCACCCCGGAGGAGAUCAAAUCCUGCAUGGACCAGAACUACUUCGCGGCCGCGUACAUCGCGCACGCCUGCCUCCGGCGCUGGCUGCAGGAGCCCCCCGCCGACAGCCAAACCCAACGCCACCUUAUCUUCACCGCCUCGACGGCCGCCUUCCUCGGCUUCCCGGGCUACGCCGCCUACACCCCGACGAAAGCCGCCACGCGUGCGCUGGCCGACACCCUGCGGUCGGAGGUGUUGCUGUACCGCGCGCAGCAGGACAUCCGCGUGCACUGCAGCUUCCCGGGCACGAUAUACACGGAUGCGUUCUAUGAAGAGCAAAUCCGGAAACCGCACCUGUUGAAAGAGAUGGAGGGGUCGGCGGACAACAAGGGCGGGUUGACGGCGGCUAAAGUGGCGGAGUUGACGCUGCGGGGGCUGCGCGCGGGCCAGGGGUACAUCACGGUCGACGGGGAGACGGAGCUGCUGUUGAAUAACAUGCGCGGGCCGAGUCCGCGCGAUCGGCCGGUGAGGGAUUGGGUGAUGGGGGUGGUGGCUUCGCUGGUGUGGCCGGUUUAUCGGUGGCGGUUUGAUCGGAUGACGGGGGCGUUUGGGCAGAAGAUGGGGAGGGAGGAGUGGACGCGGCAGUUUGGGGAGGGUCAGGAGUGA